GGGAGCCGCGGGACAUUGUGGGAAGGGAGAAAGAUGGCGGCGCCUGUGAGGCACACAGUGUCAGGAUUGACGAGAGGCUGGUGGCAGUUCGAGAAACUUUGGGCAGGUGGCUUCGGUUCUCGCAGCCUGUCUCUCGAGACCGCACCCUUAAACAACAGAUCGCCAUGGCGUUUAUUGGGCUCGUUGUGUCUGCAGCGGCCACCGCUCAUCUCCAAGCCUCUGACCCCCCUGCAGGAAGAGAUGGCGGCUUUGCUGCAGCAGAUUGAAGUAGAGAAAAGCCUAUAUUCAGACCAUGAACUUCGUAUUCUAGAUGAAGCCCAGAGGCUGGCAAAGAAGAAAGCUGACCUGUACGCUGAUGUAGAGCAAGAUGAACAGGAUAUAUUGCUUGUACAAGAUUUGGAAGAUUCAUGGGAGCAGGCAUUCCUAAAUUUCAAACCUGGAGCGCGUAUAACAGAAGCCGAUAAAAAAAAUGACCGAACCUCACUGCACCGGAAGCUAGACAGAAAUCUUGUCCUGUUAGUCAGAGAGAAACUUGGAGAUGAGGAUGUUUGGUUGCUACCCCAGGCAGAGUGGCAGCCAGGGGAGACCCUCCGAGGCACAGUGGAGCGAACACUGGGCACUCUCUCAGAAAACAACAUGAAAGCCAAGUUCCUAGGAAAUGCACCCUGUGGCCACUACAAGUUCAAGUUCCCCCAGGCAGUGCGGACAGAGAGUAACCUCGGGGCCAAAAUAUUCUUCUUCAAAGCACUACUAUUAAAUGGAGACUUUUCCCAGGCCGGGAAGAAGAGCCAUCAUGUGUGGGUCAGUAAGGAGGAGCUGGGCGACUAUUUGAAACCGAAAUACUUGACCCAGGUUAGGAAAUUUCUUUUGGACCUCUGAUGGACUGAGCUGCCUGAGGACAAGUUGGGCCUCAAGGACUUUGGCGUGUUGCCCCACAUGUGCAGGGGAUAUGGAGGAGUAAACAAUUUGAAGAAUUAAAUGAAUCUGUCCUGUGUUGUCUCAGCUGAUUUGCCCUGGGGGGUCAACUGGCUUCUCCCUGUGAAGAGGGAUCUCCUAGGGCACCUUUUUGUUUUUUCAAGCUGAUAAUAAUUAUUUUAUUGCCUUAUGGUGAAUUAACUGACUUAAGGGGCCCAGGAAGAAAGAACAGAAGGAAAUGAAUUGACAAAGCCUUGAAUUCUGUAAAGCUUCUAGAGUCACAAGAAAAACCUCACUGUGUACAGUUUCUUAGCCAUUUUCCAUUUUGUUACUCCUGUCCAUUUGAUAGGAAAAUGUUUUAAUCUAGCUUAAAAAUAAUGCUGUUUUUCUUCACUUUUUCCCUUCAUCCCUUCUUUUCCUUCUUAAAAGCAUUUUAUGUUUAAAAAUAAACUCAUCAUGUCAUA